AUGGAGCUUCCUGGCCAGCCGAACGCUCAGUUUCUCGAUCCUAAUGACUCAAAUACAGUACUGGGCAAUACGGACCCGAAUGGAGCUUGUCUUCAGGAGCCCGGGGAGACGGCUGUCUACCAGAUUCACAAGCUCAUCGAUGAUUUAUCAAAGAGACUCAACUCUGAUCUGCAUGACACGGGAAUUACUUCCUCCUUCCUGGACGCGUGCCUGCAAGAGUUCUUUGAGCGGAUAUCGCCUUGCUUUCCAGUGAUCCAUGGGCCCACCUUCAAAUCAGGAGAGUCGAUUCCGCCCCUCCUGUUAAACAUCGUAGCCUUGGGGUCUCUGUUUGUUUGUUUACCGGGCUCUCUUCAGAAAGGCGAGAUGCUCUGGCGCCUUGGCCACACGGCGGUAGCGACCUCAUGGCAGACCCUGAUUGGGAUGAGAGGGCCUCGCGAUGCCUGCGAUGGUAUCCAGCUGGUUUUGACCGCUCUCUUAGGCCAGACAUAUGCUCUCCUCUCCAGCAAUCACAGCAUUCGAAGGACGGCCUUUGUCUUCCACGGACUGGGGUUCUACUGGGCACGAACCUGUGAUAUGUAUACCAUUCGGGACACCUCUCCAAGUGAGAUCCCCAGCUUAGAAGCUUCAGGGGAGGAGAAGAAUGAGAUAUGGAGGACAUGGGCUGCAUCCGAGGUUCAACGGCGCGCCAUCCUUGGACACUACAUUCUGGAUGGUCUGAUCUCUCAAGCUUCUGGGUCACCCGCCAGCGCACGCCACCUGAUCAAUGCAACUGGCGCUGCGUGUUCGGACGUAGCCUUUGCAGCCAAAACAGCCGAUGAAUGGAUCUUAGAGAUGGCACGCACAAAAUCCACGGCCAUACCCAUGUCGGAGGUCUUUGUCUCGAUUUUCUCGGCCAACUGUGCCUCGAUGCCCUUGCAGCUGUCAUCGUUCACCAUCUUUGUCUGCAUGGAAGGAUUGCAGUCUCUUGUCGCUGAUCUGAAUGAGACCAGCGGGCCUGUCUUUGGAGCAGUCUCGCGACCACAGAUCAUCCGUGCGUUACUCAAUCUCUACCACAACCAUUUGUAUCCUUCAUCAUCGCCUACAAAUGUCGAUUCUUUCCAGCUGUUGAUCCGAUGGCAUACGAUAUGCCUCGAGCUGGCCACACCAUCCACGCUUCUGUACCGCCGUAUAUGCGAACUCUACAAACUCCCACCCCUCACUGGCGGCAGUAAAACGACAAAAAGCAGCAGCCGGGGUACCUUCUUUUCCUUCGACCUUGAAAAAUGGGCGGGCAGUGCCGACGCUGCUCGGGCCGUGCUGCACGCCACAGCCAUCACGCGCAUUUUGAAUCAGAUACCUUUGAGACAUGCUCACGCAACACACCUUCCAGCCGCGAUCUUUGCAUCCGCGGUGGUUCUCGGAGGCGUGUGUCUAGGGGACAAGGGGACAUUUAAUCUAUCGAAAACCGCCAACACCCACUGGGACCAUGCGUGGGCCUCUGCUGCUACUGGCGAACAGGUACUGCAGCAAGCCAACCAAGGCAGUGAGGCAGAAGACUGCAUCCCAGUUCACCUGCUAAGCGAGAUGAACUUUCUACAAAUCAGCCUCAAGACCAUCGCCUCCCGGUGGGGGGUGUCGGCGCAGAUGGAGGAAAUGAUCGGUCACUUGGCUAUGAUCUGCCGGGAACGCUUACAGAGACAAGAAUACGAAGGAUAG